CGACGAUAUCGUGUCUUCGGAUUCUCAGUCGUCGCCGCACCUCGAAGCAGAACGGUUGUACAAAACUCCGUGAUGUUGUUUUAGAAACAGGACGAUACGUGUAGAGUUAAAAUAUGACAAAUAGAUCAAAUAUUGUCUUUAAUUUUAAGUUUUAAGCCAACACCGGAUGUGUUGGUGUGAGUGCAUCUAUUCAAGUGCUUCUUUAAGGGUUUGGUUUUAGCAUGGAUCGGAGUGAUCUGUAAAACAAGGAAUGUAAAUAUUCGCUAGACUUCCUCCUAAAGUGACAAACGCGAAGGCCUUACGAUAGGCUGCCGAAGUGAAAAAGGUUGGGACGGAGUAGACGGGUGGACUGUGAGGUAUACCGGCGGCGGGACGAAAGAGAGUAAGCUUUGCGUUAUCCUUAAACGUGAACUCGACGACCGUGUCGGAAUCAAUCGCUAGCUGAACGCCGUGAAGGUCGCACACGAACGCGUCGUCUUCCGUAAGGGGCGGCACUCGGGUCGAAAAUUGUGCGUGCUUUAGAGUGUUACUGGGCUAACGUUAACCAAAUUGUGUGCGCGUCAAAUCAACUCGCAACUGUCGCCCGUAUUCCCGCCGGGCAUGUGGGUGGUGGGUGGCGAAGUGUCUCAUUUAGGAUAGCUUUAAUUAUUUAUUGCCACCAUUUGACCUGGGGCUGGCAGGGUGUAAAAUUUUCAUCAAAAUUAGCAGUGGUUGCGCGGGUGGCCGUGGGCACCUGUACGAGCGAGGACACGCUUGUUUGCCUGUUGGCGGUGGGCGAUGGCGUGCGAGUUUCGAAUUGGUUCGAUAAGUGAUCAUCUAUUUUUACCGGUGCCCGAUUCGCGAUGAUUUGUCGGUGAAGCCACGUGCGGCAUGCUAAACGGGGAGUGAAGAAAAAAAUUAAUUAUAAAUAAACAAUGAUGGUAGGAUUUUUAAUGAGCCACUCAAACACUUCAGGACGAGUGAAUUUGUGAAUGUGAAAAAAAAUCUAAAUCGAACGAUCGAACUGAGCAAAUAUACAGUGAAUUUACAAGUGUCUGAAUCUGAAUCAACAGUUGCAUAGGAAAUGUUUACGUGAUGUGUUGUAGCAAAGCAAUAGAAGAUAAACUGCUUCUCAUAAAAAUAAAUGUUCCAAGAGACCCCAGUUGAAAAUCAACAUCAAAGGACGGCGAAAACUCAGCACGCUAAUGUAAAAAUCUGGUCGCUAAAAGCAAAAACUCAAUCACGAAGACAAAUCAAUUUCCUCGCCAGAUUGGCAAACCGAGAAUCACCAGAACAGAACUGCUGCCUAAUGAGGCCAGGUAAAUCAGCUUUUUAAUGAAGCAAAACGACGUGACUGUUGUGUUGGUAGUGCUACUGUUUCAUCUAAAUUUAUCAAAAAAUAACUAAGAGGAAAAUCGAAUUCGUGAAACCACCUUCCUUCCGUAUCGUUCUCUCCGGCUCCCGCCUUGGCCAUCCCGCCCGGGAUAGGCAAUUCGGUAGAGUGAAAGUGAACGUCAGAAUGGCGAACCGAAUACGCAAGCGGUCAAUCAAAUGAUUUUACCUUUUUCCUCUCGCGCUUCCAGCCAUAGUGCCGAUGCGGCUAGACGUUUUUCGCCGAAAGGCAAACGAGCUGAGCGCUAAUAUCGUAUAGAGUGUUAGACAUUCGAGAAGAAGUAAACGUGCAACGAACGGGCGGCGGUGCGGGUGGAAGCAAUCGAAACGUUAGGCAUCGUUCGAUAUCAAGUAUUAAUAGCGAAUCCUCUGAAUAAGUAACGUUGCGGGUGGGAAUAUUAAAGCGCGAUUCGAGCGCGUAAGAAGUGGGCAAAAUAGAUAAAUGAAAUAUUGAAGAAGAAAAAUAAUAAUUUACGAAUCCCAAACGGGAGUGCGGUGUGAAGCUGGACGGUUAUAUGAGAAAAAAACAAACACGGAAAAGUACAUGAAACCGCAGCUAAUGCUCCGGUGUUGGCAGAUUUGUUGUGUAAACGGUUUAAUUAGAGUGUUAAUAUUUAAGCCUGUCAGCUUGAACUUCAAAGUGAUACCUCAAGGGGGCAGAAAUUCUCUCUCAAGUGUAAAGUUUGUUUGAUAAUAGAAUGACUGCUAGGCGAGUACGUGUCUAACUGAGGAAAACGGAAGAGAUCGAACGAAGUACUCACAUGUUGCAUUGCAUAAGUGAGCUCAUAGGAAAGUACAGAAUUUGACAACUUUACGCCUACGAGCGUGAAAUGCCGACAGCACAUCUGGCACAGUCACACGAGAUCAAUCGUCAGCAAUGGACUAGCGGCCAGUAGGAGGGUUCGCUCGCUAGCAGGAGGACGCUCGCAUCAAAUUCAAUUAGAAACCAUCCCCUAGCGACGGAAGUGGACCGAAACGGACCGAAAAACAAAUCAAAUUUGAAUAUAAAGGAAAAACAACAUUAACACCUUUUUUUUUUGUUGAGAGAAGGUGUCGGACGAACGGUGAAUUCAGUGUUUAGUGCUUCGACUGUCAGCGUGCGUCAUCGUCAUUUUGGCAGUCCGAAAUGGAAAACGGUUGAAAACCGUGGCGGAGCUCGUCCCCGGUCCAGGUGCGAACCCCGUGACAGUGUGCUAAGCGCUGAGUGAAACGAGGGCUUAAAUUUAUUUGCCACCACCUCUUCGAAAUGCACACGUGUGCACUAUGUGGCAGCUGUGGAGCUAUAAUUCGCCAAUGCGACGAUAGUUGAAAGGGAAGAAAUAUAAAAUGUGCAAAAGGUUCUCGAAAUCUAAGAAGUAGAAUAGUGCGAACGUGCGCGAUUUACGGCCCCGGCAAUGGGCCGGUUGACAGAGAGAGCUUUCUCAUGGCCGGCGCGGCCUUGGCCGUCGUCGGUCAGGACGGUGACAGAAAAAAUACAUCGCUUUUCGAGUCGUCGAGGAACCACUACCACCACCAGCAGCAGCAGCAGCACGGUGCCAACGACGACCUGGAAACCGUUUGCGGCCGGCAGCGAUGUCGGUGGAUUCAUCGGUAGAGAAUUGGGAAGCGGCCCGAAUCUCUCCGGUGGUGGUGACAACAGUCAGAGUAAAGAGGAUUAUGGUGGCACUAGCAGCAGCAGCAGUAGCUCUUUGGAUGACUACAUCUACGAGAACAAUAGCAGUGCUAGUGCUAGUUCUAGUAGCAGCGAGUUGUUCAGUGAAAUACUCUCCAACUUCAAUAGUACCCCCGUAGGACCUAGCAGUCAGUCCGUGUUCUCUAACUAUACAAACGAGUUCGGCAUUAAUGCGAACGUUUCGAGUGGCAGCAGUAGCAGUGACGAUGGGAGUUUCGGGGCGACUAGCAGCUCUCGACUGUCUUUCGGUUCCCUCCCAAACCUGCUCGAAGAGGACGAGUUGAUGGCUCUGUGGAAUUGCACCAACUGCUUUUUGCUCAAUUAUAGUGGUAGUAGUAGUAGUAGCAGUAGUUCAGCACUGAUCAAUGCCACCGUCAGCAGUAGGUACGUCAAUGGGUCGGAACGGGAUCCACUGCUGUCUGCGACAGAUGACGGUGGCGUGGAUGAGGAUGCCGAAACCACCAUCUAUCUGAUACGGGUGAUAGCGACCGCCAUUGUUUUGGGAAUUGUUAUUUUAGCUACGGUUAUAGGAAACGUUUUUGUUAUAGCGGCGAUUCUGCUGGAACGGAACCUGCAAAGCGUUGCCAACCAUUUGAUAUUAUCGCUAGCCGUGGCGGAUUUGCUGGUCGCCUGCCUGGUGAUGCCACUCGGAGCCGUGUACGAGGUGUCCAACGAGUGGCGACUCGGAGCAGAUCUGUGCGACAUGUGGACCUCCAGCGAUGUGCUGUGCUGUACGGCAUCCAUACUGCACCUGGUGGCAAUCGCGCUGGACAGGUACUGGGCCGUGACGGACAUCGACUACGCCCACCAGCGAACGGCACGACGGAUUGGUUACAUGAUCAUCGUCAUCUGGACCCUGUCGGUGCUGGUGUCCAUCGCACCGCUUCUCGGCUGGAAAGAUCCCGAGUGGGAAUCCCGAGUCUACCAGGAUCUGCAGUGCAUCGUGUCACAGGACGUCGGUUAUCAGAUAUUUGCCACCGCAUCCAGCUUCUACGUGCCACUGCUGGUGAUACUGUUCCUGUACUGGCGGAUAUUUCUAGCGGCCCGGAAAAGGAUACGGCGAAGGCAGCAGGCUGCUCAGACCCAUCCUGAACCCUUGGCAAAAGCUUCAUGUAUGGCACUAACAUCGAUUGGUUUCCGCUGGAAGGUAACUGCAUCGCAAGCGAACACGAUCGGUGGCCCAACGGCGAACGUGGUCGGCGGUUCGGGUGGUAUAGCGGCCGCAGUGGUAGCCGUCAUCGGUCGUCCCCUGCCGACGAUCAGCGAAACUACGACGGCCUUCACGAACGUUUCAUCGGCCAACACCAGCCCGGAGAAGGCCAGCUUCGGCAAUGGGAUCGAGCGGGAUCGCAUCGAGGCCGAUCUACCGACGGCGGACAUGUCAACGGCCUACCCGUCGCACGGGGCAUCCUGUUCGUCCGUGAAACCGUCGAUCAUGAAGAAAAAAUCCCAGGCAGCAACGGACUCCAAGCGGGAACGGAAAGCGGCCAAAACGUUGGCCAUCAUUACCGGGGCCUUCGUGUGCUGCUGGCUGCCGUUCUUCAUUAUCGCCAUCCUUCUACCGACGUGCACCGGUUGCGACAUCAGCCCGAUCGUGACCAGCGUGUGCCUUUGGUUGGGUUACUUCAAUUCCACCCUCAAUCCGAUCAUCUACACCAUCUUUAGUCCGGAGUUUCGGCACGCGUUCAAGCGGAUUCUGUGCGGCCGGCGGCACAGCCUCCGACGGACGCGCCACCUCGGCGUACGGCACAUGCGGUAAGGUCCGAUCCGAUAUCGGGUAAGUGAUUUGUGAUGUCCUGUACUAUAGCUAGGGAAAUUUUGUACAUAUAAUACUUUAAAUGAAGCAAACAGACAGAGCCCCCGAAAAUAGACUUAUUAGGAUAAGAGAAAAAAAAAAUAUUAUAAAAUCGAGGUGGUUUGAGUAGCUGCCGGGUUUAGGGAGCGUGAGACGGUCGAUGGUUGAAAAUAUUUUUUUUUUUUCAUUUCGAGCAUAGCUUUGGGCAGAUAUUUCGCUUAAGGAGCAUAUUAGUCGAGUUCAGUUUUUGAAGCAUGUCAAUUCAAAAUAAUCACAACGUUUCGAAUCUAAUGCCCAGUAUUAGCCACGAUUUUUGAACACAAUAAUGUGGAAGUCCCAUUUAGAAGGACUUUAUAAAUUUGGACACUUAUUUUGAUAAGAAACUGUUCAUUGUUGAGCAAAUUCAUAACUUUGGUUACAUUAAAAUAAAUCGAGCUUUUCAUACGAUGCCCUUUUUGAGGUUUUGCAUCACUUUCACUGAAACUUUUCAGACUUCCGCUGAACACAUGCGCUUGAAACUGUCACUGGAUUUAGCAUCGCUACCAUUCUUCCUGAGAAGCUUUCUGACUUUAGAGACACUUUAAAAUGAGCCGCAGUCCUGGGUAAUUUGGUCGGUUUUGCUAUUUUGGAACAAGAUCAAUUUUUUCACAUUUCAUCGAUGUUAUGGUGGCAGUAGAAAAAGGAGCAGGCGAUGAUUUCAAAACAAUGGAAUAAUAAUCAAAGCGGUCAAAUUUGAUUUUUUUGAACCAUGAAAAAAAAUUGCCCUACGAUGAUUUUGGACCUAAUUUCAUACUAUUGACUUCAAAACCUUUUUCAAAUCUUCAUUUUUUUGAACAUAAGAUAGUCACACUACAAAUAAGUCACUCUAAAAAAAUCAAAUGUCUACGACCACUUUUAUUGUGUUUUAAGUUGUUUUUUUUUUUUUUUUUGACAAAAUGAAACACCCGAAUGAAAAAUGAGUGAACUACACAAAUGAAAUAUCACAUAUAAUAUGCUAACAGAAGCUUACGAUGAUAGAGGAUAUGUUUCAAUACUAUUCGUAUUUAAAAUCCUUGUUCGCUUGACAGUCGUCACUGCAAUAAAAAUGAUGUUAAUGAAUUUCAAGCAGCAUUCUACACAUCAAGAUUCUAUUCAAAGGGUAAAAAUUUAACAAGCCAUAUACAUACCAGCUCAUGUAAAACAAAUUGAAAACAUGACCGGAUCUUGAAUACAGUCAGGUUUUUUGAGUAAGUAGCUUUUUUCAAUAACUCAAAUACGAUACAAGAUAUCGACCUCAUUACAAUCACGUUUUUCGUUUUAGGAUACAAAUAAUCAUAUAUCAGUUUUUAAGAAAAAUCACAAUUUUGAGUGUAAAUACUGGAAAUUCAUAACAUUGUAAAUUGUAUUUUGGACUUUAGAAUGAUCAUAUACCCUAGUAACAAUAUUGGUUUUAUCAAAGUUUUAUAGCGCUUAAUACAGCCAAAAUAGUGCUAUAAAAUUUUGAUAAAACCUGUUUUGUUACUUGGGAUAGAAUAUCAUAUUCAGUCAAAGUUCAAACGUUUUGGGAUGGUUUUCUACGUUAUUUUUUUUUUAACUCAGUUUAGUCUUGUUUUACGCAGUUCCUUACAAAUUCGGAACAUAUCCCCGCGUAAAAAACCUGACUCUGUUUCGCAUUUCAUAUACAUUUUCUUAACAGCAAUAAAUCUAUUAAAAGCCCAGUUGGAUUGUUAUUGACACCGAGAACAUUUAUUUUACACAAUAAUCGCAAAAAACAGUCUUCUUGUGUAAACCAGCCUUUUUUUAAUUUAAUCUAUCAUCAUUUUUCUAGAUCCAAAGUUCAAAUACAGAAGUCGCACAGUCUUCAUUAGUCAUUCAUUAAAUCGCCAAUUGUUAUAAUAAUUACGAAGUUAAAUUUAAUUUCUUCUUGUCAAUCUCACUAAACCCCAGUUUGAAAAGACAAAUUUAAAUUCAGAAAAAAAAAAUCGAUUUUAGAAACUUCAUGUGUGUAUCUUCAUGGAGAUUUUUAAUGGGUAAAAUAUAUGAAAUUUUCAUCGCUUAAUGGAUCUACUUAACGAAUUCUUAUUGAGCUCUAAUUUUGGGGAUUUUUUUCGAGAUGACAAAACUUUUGAACACAACUUCUUUUCGAAAUUCGAUGGUCAAAUUUUCCCCAUACCCUGGUUCAAAUCCCUUCGUCAUUCCCGAAUCACGUCAAAUCAUAGCAAAAGCGUUAGUACUUCUGUAUGAAUGCAAUGCACUCAAAGAAGCGAUCGUAUGUUGAAAAGUUGCAUGCAUACAUGUAUAAUAAUUUCCUUCUUGCAUCCAAUCAAUUCGUUCGCCUAAUGAUUUGGCUUGAGCCUUCCUAUGCGAAGCAUUAGGAAACGAAUCUUCACUUCGAAUCACAUGAAUAUUCACGAAGCGAACCGAUCGAAGCAAAUUUUUCACACACUGACAAAUCACCCGCACAUAGCCAUAUUUCUGUGUAGUAAUAGAGCACACAGCGCUAUUGAAUACGGAAACAGAGCAAAUAUGUUAUUCAGCACAUCUUUUCGCGAUCGCCAACGAAUCGUUUGGCUUCGAAGCGUUCUCUGAAGAGUAGUUGCUGAGUGAUUUCAAACGUAAAAGUGAAAUAACCCUAAGUCGUUUAUUCCGUUCCGUUUUGUGCUUUUCCCUUCUUCGAUGAAGAGAUUGCUUGCCUAACGAAGACGCAAUUUGCGAUGAGAGUUUCAUAUAGCGAGGAAAGAUUCAAUGUUCACUGUACUUACUCUAAUUUACCUACUUUCGCGGCAGCUAUCAAUCCAGUGAUGAAUCCGGCAAACUAGCUACAUGCCCAGCUCACUGCAACCUGCCGUGCUUCAUCCGCUUGAUUAUUCCUGCCGAUAAGUAAGCCUAGUACUCUUCGUGGUUCAUGGUUAAUGAAUCCCCAACAUCCGAACGGAUGGGCUACCACGCCACAAGUUUUUGACAAGCCCUAUUCUCGGGGUCUUGAAAAGGCCUCUUUCACCGCUCUUACGAUUAAUACCAAUGUUGUCGACAUUAUCCGCCAAACCUAAAAGCAUCCAACCCUUUAUAUAGCACCUUCCAAUGUGAUGUUGAACAAUAAGUUUAAUAAGCACGCUGCUCUAAACCAUCUAACGUCCCGUGUCAGGGUAGAACACAUGAUGGAAAACUGUCAAGAGUGGCACGAAUCAGUGCAAUUUGCUUUGUUGGAAAACUAUGUUUGAGUCUAAUCCACCAUAACUCAUUUCUCUCAACUGAGUCGUACGCUGCCCUGAAGUUUAUGAUAAUAUGGUGAGUCUGCAAGCUAAAUUUUCGACAUUUAUCGAGGAUUCGUCGCAAAAUGAAAAUUUGGUCUUUAGAGGUCCGUUCCCCUCGAAAACCACAUUGAUAUUUACCAUCAGGCUUUCCGCAAUGACCUUAGUCUGUAAAACGUGAUGCGGUAGAGAAGUUAGCACACGGUGUUGGGAAGAGUCAUGCAUUCCAGCUGGUUGCAAUUUUUCAUCAGAUCAUACUUUCCGCAUGAUCCGAUGGAUGGCACGAUACAGCUGCUUUGAAAAAAAUAAGGAAUACCGUCCUUGCCAGCUGCCUUACAGUUCACCAGCUGUUUAACUGCUUUCUCCACCUCGUCCAUGGAUGGUGGGUCCGCAGCUUGUUCAUCAUUCUCGCGCUGCUUAUCUUCUGUUCGUUCAGGUUCCCUCCCACUUACUCUCCAAUUUUGUGAGUACUGUGCUGCCACUUCUCCAGUUGAUAACCGCUGGAUGGUCCACCAUAUCUUUCUCGUUGGCCUCGGCUUCAAUACUUUGAACAACCGGGUGCGGAUCUUGCGUACCUCUGUACAGCGUUAAAAGAACUGCGGACCCGGAAGUUCACUUAUAUUCAAUUUGACGAAUGUCUCGUUAUUUUUUCCAGAAGAGGACUAAAUAGUUUUUGGGUUCAUUUAGAAUUCUAAUACCACUUAUACUUCGGAAUUGGUUGAAGAUACAAAGUUUUUGUAUCAGAAUCCAAAUCAUUUAUUAUUCUUUUUAAAAUAAAAUAUUAAAAGAAAAUUAUUUCAUAACAGUUUAGUCGAUUUUUCAUUCUUUUUCUUGAAUAUCCUACAUCAAAGUUUGGACUUUAACUUCAGUAGCCAUUUUAUUCCACGAUAUCUUCAUGCCUACAGCAAUCCGAGUUACUUUUCUUCCAUGCCGCUUUUUUUUAGGUUUAAAUUAGUUUAUUUGACACGGCACGAUACAUUUUCUGUUUUACUGAGCCAAGUACAAUUCGUAUUAAUUCUACGUUAGCAGGGAAAAGAGGGAGGCCUUUUCUUUAUUCUCGCGGCCGACUACGAGCUAGUGGGGAUUUAAGGUGAGAGGAGGGGAGAUACAAUUUUGACUUAAAACUAUUAUGGAACUUUGUUUUUCAACUGGUAGAGCAAUUGUAUUCUUGUUUGUUGUGGGUUCAACCAUUGCCGCUUGAUAUCGCCCAAUUUUUUUUUUUUUUUUUUGAUUAGGUGGAGAUGGGGUAGUUUGAAGGAUUGAGGGUUCGACCCCACUGUCACGGUACCGUAAAACCACCUCUAGAUUGUAAUGGAAACAAGUCAAAUCUGGCAAAAACUUCACCGGGCCUAUGUUACCUAUACACUUUCGAGUCGAUUGUCUUGUUUGUGACGAGAGCCUUGGCUGCAUGUCCCUUGCAAAACCAUGAAUUUUCUGGCCAAUUCUUCGGCAAAAUAUAAUUGUUGGCUGACAAUAUUUCGUCUAGCAGUGGAUUCAGAGUGUUCAAGGCCUGGAAUCCCCGUUCCAGGCUUAAUCCACGCUCGAUUUUUCUCUAUAUCAUGCGUAAAGCUCGUUCUCUGUACAGCGUGUCCAAUUCGACAUACGUUGCGACUUUUCCUGGAGAGGAUUACACUAGACAACACAGAUUUUGUGACGAAUCCAGCGAGCAAUUACUCUGCGGCUUUUUAACGAACUUACGAGCCUUCUGGUGGCACCUAAAUUCAAAAAAAUAUUUUGAAAGCUAAACUUUCAUAUUUUCUCAGUUCGUAUUUUUUUUCGCAUUUAUCAACCAGUAUUAUUAUCACAAUACCUCUGGAGCACCUCUCGACUCUAGUUGCAGCUUUCCAAAUGUAACCAAAAUUUCGCUGGACCUUUGUGAGCCUUAAUAAGAACAAAACUGCUACAAAUCUUUAGCCAAAUCAAGGACUUUCUGACAAAUUUAUCCGUAAAUAAAUUGCAACUUACUGGAAACAUCUCCUCUGGCAGUGGUCUUGUAGAAUUUUCAGUCCUGGGAACUGCUCAAAAUCCAUCCUACGUCAACACUUUGUUGCAAUGGCUGUGUCAUACUUUUUUUCUUUAAGUUCGAUUACUUAAUGCGUUCUCAUGCCCGUACAAUUUGCGUUUGAGGUGUGAAACAAUUAGACAGAUAGUGGCCCAUUAUUUUUAAUCUUGCUCGAGAUUUCCGGAACCCUCACCUUCAUGAUUUGGACAAGAGGCUCCCAAACCUUUUGCGCGGCGGAGUACUUUUUCAAGUCUAAACAUUUGGCGGAGUACCUGUAGUUUUUAAUCGAUGAGCACAUUGAUGCACAAAUCCAGGUUGAUUAGAAAGCAUACAUAAAUUACGUAGCUUUUUUGGCUUGACUCCCCCCCCCCCCCCCUCGUUACAAUUCGUCACAAAACUGCGAGACUAGGUAUCGCAGCCCUAGUAAGGCAAUAUGUCGAAAGUAUCCUACUGUUAACAAUUGAGAAGUUUAAUCACCAAGGUACUGAAACAAGCGAACGAAACUAGGUAGGUACCUGAAAUUCCAGAGCCUCACUCGAACUAUAAUAACGCUUUGGGGCGAGCUAUAAUAACGACCAUGAAUAGUGCGGGUAAAAGUCAGUGCCAUCCAGGAAGUGCGGUCACCGAAGACGGGUAAGCGUGUAUUCCGAGCGGUAGAUCCUAUCGCAGACUUUCAAAUACCAUGUACCAGUAAUGAGAAGGUUCUGAGAAUGGUGAAUUUCACCGCAGCCAAAGGACUGGCAAUCUGUAAAACGUUUUUGUAAGAUUUGCACCUCUGCGACCAUUAUUUUGAGCUUUAGUGGUCUGUACCUAGUACAAAACCACACAUAGCUGUUUUUCUCUUUCUUGCACGAGUGACAAAAACCGGGACAUGAAUUCAGUCCAGCUACUUAUGACUCGGCCGUUACAACUGUCACUCCACUUUUUGGCCACUCCAUUUUGCUCCAGAAUCCUUGCAAACACGGAAAUUACGAUAACCUCCUCGCAUACGGAUUGGCUAGAGUUGUUUUCUAUUUUUUGGCAACAAAACGAAUCUACCGGAAUUUUUUUUUACGGUCAAAAGAUAACGGUUUUCCAAACAAUUUACCAUCCAAAGAUUUGGUCUACUGUGACCGCUGAUAUAAAAUAAAACCUCACGAGAUCCAUGCCCUUUUUUCGAGAAAAUUUGUUAGAGAUAAGUCCUUUUAGGUGCUCGAUGUUUCUUGUGGGUUCGGAGUAUUUUUCAUGGUGAACAUCUGCAGCCGAUGUUUUGGAAUAACCAACCCCUUAAUUAGCUUCACCAACUUCAAACGAUUUCCGAAGCAGUCGUAGACGAUAGGCAUUGAUUCCAUGGGUAUUUCAUACCAGAUUUUCUGGAUAUCCGCCUUAAAUUGUUCCAAAAUGAAGACCUGGUUAUCGACAUCAUGUAGGAUAGACAAAAAAGUCCAUUUAGCUCAGAGCUGGAGAGUUUGGCGGUUAUUCGUUCUGAUCUAGAAAACUACCCAGAUCCAGAAAACACCAUUGAGUGUGACUUCUUUGUCGAUGAAAACUAGUUUCCUAAGUUGCACUCUGGAAUCGAAGAGCAAUUCCUUGGGACUCCAACUAUUGUCUCUUGCUGCUGUCCACAAUCGAUCUUUUGCAUUAUUUGGCUGCUCCAUGACGCACAGUUUCUCAUCAAAAAAACUGAAUUCGUGAUCAGCCUGCGUGCCGUGAAAGUAUUAUUUUCGCUUUUUAGAUCCUCUUUUUAAAAGAGGACGAAAUCUCGCUUAAACCCAUUCGAUUUCAGAUGUUCAAAUAUUGUGCGAGUGCGGUCACCGGUCCAAGGUCGCUUUAGUAUGACUUCCUCGAAUUGUUUUAUCGGGCAUCAAAAACAAAACACAACUGACGAAUAACCAACACACCAUGGGUAUUUAUUAGUGCAUGAAUAGAGUAAGAAUUUCCACAAGUAACGGGAAAAACAAACACUCGAAAACUUGUAUUCGUAUAUGUUAAAGGCGAGGUACGCGCAAGAUUAACCUGCGAGUUUACUUUAUUAUUUAUUAACAGUGCACUAUCGAAUUUCAGGCGGAUAAAAAUCAGAAAAGUGACCGUUGCUUAUCUAUUUUUUUAUAUAUUUCCAUAGAAAGUACUGAAAAAAACUGAAACUGAAAAAAUCGAAGUUUCAGAACAGUAGCCGGUACGUUUUAAAAAUGCUCUAGGAAAUACACAAAACGUUCAUGAAUCGCUAUAUUUAGGGUAGUUUGGGGUAAUUUGGACCCCCUAAGAAAAACUCCUGUUAGCAAACAUUUACUAUUUUUGGUACGAAUUUUAUUUGCACAAAAUAAAAUCCGUACCAAAAAUAGCAAAUAUUUGCUUCGUCUAAUACCUGCUUUAGGCAUUGCACAGUGGUUCCACAGUAGGCCAAAAAAAACUCCCUUCUCCAAUUAUUUAUACUAGAAACUGAGUAUGCGAUCGUGUGUCGCACACGCGCAUUUGUGUGUGCGUGUGUGCAUGUGUGUGUGUGUGUGAGUGUGUGUGUGCGUGUGUGCGUGUGUGCGCGUGAGUGUGUGUGACUGUGUGCGUGUGUAUGUGUGUGUGAUUGUGUGUGUCUGUCUAUGUGUGUGUCAGUGUAUGUGUGAUGUAAGUUUCAUGAGAAUCGGAUGAUAUACUAAUUUUUGGCAGCACUUUGAAUGUUGCUGUGUCAGGAAAUUUCAAUGAUUUUUAUGUUCGAAAAUCACAAUUUUGAGCUUAACUUCGAUUACCUAAUUCCCUCAAUUUUGAUCUGAUUUUGGAUCAACGAGUUUCGUUUUGAGAGGAAAUUCAUGUUAUUUUUCAGAACUCUUGUGUACCGUACAGUUUCGUGAAACAGCUCGGAAUGAUCGGAUAAUCAACAGCCUAUAUGAAAUUAACCGUAUUUUUCGAAUUUUUGGGUCCCGGUUUGCAUAUCGUCGUUCCAAAUCCGUUAAUCCCAAAUUCGCGAAACGGGAAAAAAAAUAUAACGAAUGUACGUUGACGUACGAUUUUUUAUUUUUCCUUGAAAGGCCUAUCAAAUUCCUUAAAUUUUCCAUUAAAUCUUUGAAUCGGUCAAACGGCUCAAAAGUUACAAUUUUUUGAAAAAUGAUUGCCGGUUUUUGGCAACUUUAUUUCAAAAUUGAUCACACUAAGCACCAACCAAAAAAAUACGGGUAUAAAGUUUUUCGAUGAAUAACAAGUAUACCAAUGUUGAACAUGAUCUGAACAAAAAAUUAAUUUUGAUAAUAAGAAAGGUUUAAAGGCAUUUUGGGGGAACAACAUUUUCGGACAUCAAAAAUGAGUUCAGCACCCAAAAAUUUGCAUUAUACGUCAUUUUCAAGCAUUUUAGAAAAAAAAAUAGUGUUUUCCAACUUUUGUUCAGAAACCCGCCAUUCUGCGGGGCAUUGAAAACACUUUUUGUACAGAUAAAUCAUCCCAGAUUGCCUGCAACACUUUUUACAGUUCAUUGUUUGUACACCGCCGUCUAUCCGUUCGUUUUCAUAUGCCCGCGGCAUCAGUCCGACAAAAGAAUUUACUUCAAACUCGCCUGACCAUAUCACUCCAAAAAAACUGUCCAUUUCACCCCAAACCGGACGCCUUUCUAAAAACUCAAUUCCUUCCACUAUUUUCGAUCAAACUUAUCGCAAUCUUUCAUUAAAAUGUACUCUUUUACUAGACAAACACGGCUGCAAAGCUCAUUAGACUGAAAACAUCAAAGAAGUUCUCAAAAAACCUUAAAUACACGAGCGUAAAACUUACAGCAAAAUCAUCUUUUGAUGUUACAUUGGCACUGCGGUGCACCUGUCACAGCAAACCAUGAAAUUUUUAUAUUAGUUAGGGUUUAGUAGUUCAAGGAAAGGAUGAGUAGUACAUGUAACCCAAAAAUGUAAUACUUUUCAAUAUAAAGCACCUGUCCAUUUCACCCCAGGGGUCCAAAUUACCCCAAACUACCCUACAUUUUCCACUAUAUCUCCGGAACGCCAGUAAUCGUUUUUGUAGACACUCCUUCUGGUAAAUUUUCUUGUUGAUUGUGCCUGUGAUGAUAAAAGAUGAGGUUUUUCUGCCACAGCUACAAACUGCUGGCCAAACGAGAUACUUCUUGGGGAAUUUAGCCAUCUUUUUUGAUCUAACAUACUCUUCGGUAACAUUUCUGACCAUUGGAAUGUAAUGAGCCAAUCCUAGAAGUUGUUUGAAGUCGCAAUACAAUUUUCGAGCACAUGUUUUUGUUGUAAAGUUCUGCUUAUCACCGAGCUUGGGAACUGACUUCGUAGGACUUCAAACCGGUAAGCUACCUUGAUUUCUGGAUGAAUCCAGGUGAUAUUCCUACUUUUCGAGUCACUGUUCGGACUCCUCUUCAAAAUCUUUUCAGCCGCUCUGUGUCUAUAACUAUCCGCACCACAAAUAUUUUUGUCACUUUUUGGUUUCUUUUCGACACUCGAACGUUCAAAAAACCUUUUAAUUACAUCUUGAAUUGUGGUUUUUGGGCAACUUAAGCUUUUUUGUGAGUUCACGAAUCGAGAAUUUUCGCUACGGUUGUAAAAGAUCCGUUGUGAGCACUGUUUACGAAAUGUCAAAUCAAAUCCAAGUAGGCAAAAGUAUAUUCCUCCAGCUAUGUUCGAGUGUAAAGAGUCGCUCAUAGCCUAAAUAGCCUAAAUAUGGUUUGAAGGAGUCCGAAUUAUUGCAUAUACAAACCUUAAAUUGAAAUACUGGCGAUUCAUAGCUUCAAAAGUUAUCAACCGGUUAUGAAGGCCCAAAGAUUUUAAGUUUUAUUUUGUAUAAUCAGCACGGAAACUAAAACGUACACAUCCUUUUCCUAUUUUAUUUAACUUACAUGUUAGAAAAUAUUAGAAUAUUAUCCAGCCGAGUUUUAUAAUAUAAAACAUUCGAACCCCUAAUAAACGCUGCUGUUAAAUUUUUUUUUUUUGCGCGGUUGGUACGAUGAUAACAAAUUGAUAUACAGAGUUUUGAAAAGGUUUAAAACCAGAAUUCGUAUGACGCUCCCAAGCCCCUGGCACUCAAACUGCUCGCAGUUGAAAAGUAGGCUGAGCCUCCAAAGUAAAUAGCGUUAAGCGUAGAAACUCAAACCCACUCAUCGUCCACUGUAUUUUUAUAUAUCUAGAAAUUGCUAAGGCUCGCAAGAGCAAAAUAAAAUAAAGAUAACAUUACAAAACUGCGUCAUUUACUAUCACCUAUUACAGCAAACAGUGAACAGUCGAAUGAUCAACACGGACAAUGCGGGUUACAUUGUAAAAACGAUUAGUUUGCUAUAACAAAAAGUAAACAAAAACACAUUACGAAAAUGCUUAAAUCCAAAUCCGACAUUUUGUUUGAACGUUUCUCGUUUCUAAUCCGAAUGCAAAGGCUCGUGGAAUCCGGUAUAGUAAGUCCAAUAAAAGGUCAAAGACGGCAACCAAACCGGAAGCAAAAACCAAUUCAGAUGGUAAUGUAAAAUCAAAAUUGUACAAUCAUUAACGUUUCAAUCUGUCUAACUUGCAAACAAUAAAGAGGAAGACCUAAAAAAGUUAAGCAAAAUGAAAACAUUCACAUACUCGUUAGGUAGAUAAUGAGUGAGCUGAGUCAAACAUCAAUUAAAACCAAACAAAAAAAUAUAUAACCUACUGAAAAUACUGCAGUGAUCUGGGCACUCGAAACCCAAUUUAAGAAAGUUCCACACACACACACACACCAAACCAAUGAAGAGCAAUCCAAUGUAAACUAAAAACGCUACUAGAAAUAGCCGAGUAUCAGUUACGAUCAAAAAAUGGAUGUAUGUUCGUGUAUUUUAUGUAGGAUACCCCUCCCUACCUUUCUCAACAAGAAAAACUACCAAACACUAUCCGAAACCUUCCAUACUUUUUGCGCCACUGUGGCGUCAAUUUAAGCGAGAAAAGCUCUUUGAAAAGCGGAUACAAUCUGGGGAGGAGUUUUUUUGUUUUGUGUUUCGAAAGCCCUUUUAUUUCCUUCGUCGGAAUCCACGAUGCAAGCGAACGAAAAGUCAUUAAAGUGUAUAUGUGUUAGUGUGUGUGUGUGCACCCACCAUUCGCGAUAUCGCGUGGUAAAACAUUGGCGUUAAAACCCCGUCCCGAUCGAUAGCUACGAAUUGCCCCCUUCCCUCUAGUGAAGGGCAAUCGAACCGAAUUGGUUUCCGCAUAGUUCUUGUCGUAGUGAGCCCUUCAAAGGCUCCGGGUUCACCGAUCGAAAAGUAUCCAGCUGAAGCCGGAGCAUUUGAACACACGAAACGUUGCGGUUACCCCCGGGGGCAGGCAGUUUGGUAAUGGCGGCUAACUUAUUUCGAAUGUUUAAAAAGUUUCAAUGAGCAAACUUGCUACAAAUAAAGCGAGGAAUCUAUUUGUUAAUUUUGUCAGUUGAGUUCAAUGAAUUUACAAAAAAAUAUGUUUCUGCCAUCUUAAAAAAAAAUCAAACACAUCGAAUUUGUUUAAAUCAUUUCUAAUAUUCCAACGUCUUUUUCUUUUCUCAACUGAAAAUAAAAAUAUCAUUUUCAAACCUAGCUUAUCAUUUUUAAAGCUGCCGAUCUUUUCGUACCAAUGUUGGUUUGCGGCCAUAAAUUUUACGUAAACUGCUUGCAAAGCCGUUAUCGCGCGGGGUUUUCGCCAAUCGAACCCGAAGUUUUCCUUGAACGCAACGGGAAAGUUCAACACCUAAUUUACAAUUUCAGUUCAACUGCACACACACAUACACUCAGACACAGUGGUACACGGGCGCCAGCUCUCUGCAACAUUGUAACUCAGAACAAAAGAAAAGAAAAGAAACUGUGGACAGAAAUCAAAAUGAAACUUCCACAAAACUAUAUUUAAAAGAAAAACACGCUUGUUGAAUUUUUCAUAUCUCUAGGAGCCAACAAAUCGGUUGUUUUAUUUUACCCCACUGAAACCAGCCAGCUACCUUCUGACACUGUUGGUGUUGUUAUCGAGAUUCGUAGGAUGAGCAAACCGACUCUAGAAAACCACAAUGAAAGUGCACUGACAAUGAGCAAACUUUGCCAACAUUCAUAUAUAAAUAUCUAUACAUAGCAAGGAAGAGAGAGAGAAAGAGAUCUAUGUAAAACGAUUACCCUAUUGGAAAGCAAUCAAAAGCAGUUUAUAUUCGUGUGCAUGAAUAGUGGUGAUAUCGUUCUGUUUGUUAUGUGAAUUAUGGAAAAGAGUAAAGCCGGGUUUACAACUCUCGUUGAGCUAACGGUAACGUUAACGAUAUAGUCGUGCAUAAGAAUGAUAAAAACAAAACAAAAACUAGUACCAUUUAAGCAGACACAUCCGUAUAUUUAUAGUUGUACCCAUCUCGCAGCAUUAUUGUACAAACUAACUUUAACAGGCGCAUUUUACGAGAAAAUAAACGAAGGACACAACUGGUCAAUAUUCACACUGA